UACAUAUUCUAUUCAUAUAAAAUGCUGAACUUACACCGCCGUCGGUGUCUAUUUAAGCGAAGAUUUGUUCAGCUCGAAAUCAUAUGCAAGUGUAACAACGAGGAGAAAUAUUCCAAGCUUAACAGGUUUACGCAGCUGAAAAAUUAACUAUCAUGGCACACCAGUCUGCUAUCAAGCUACCCGUCAUUGAUGUUUUUGAUGAGAAUUCCAAGCCUGGGACUGACUCUUGGAUCUGCAAAUGCAAAGAGGUUCAGCUAGCUUUUGAACAAUAUGGAUGCUUCUUAGCAACAUUUGAGAAUGUUUCCUUACAGCUUCAGGAGGAUGAAGUCUUCGAGUCUUUACAAGAAUUGUUCCAUCUUCCUACAGAAAAUAAGGUUCAGAACACUUCUGAUAAACCUUAUUUUGGUUACUUUAAACAUCCCUCGAUUCCACUUUGUGAAAGCAUGGGCAUUGAUAACCCCACCAUACUUGAAGGAGCUCAAAGUUUCGCAAAGCUCAUGUGGCCUAAUGGAAACCGAAUUUUCUGUGAAAGAAUAUAUGCAUACGCGAAGCUGGUGUCGGAAUUGGAUCGAAUGGUGAAAAAAAUGGUGUUUGAAAGCUACGGUGUAGGAAAGUACUAUGACUCCCACAUCCAAUCCACUGAUUAUCUUCUUCGGCUCAUCAAAUAUAGGGUGCCCUUGGUGGAUGAACAUGACAUUGAUGGAUGUCCUGAUCACACCGACAAGAGCUUCUUGACCAUACUUCAUGAUAAUCAAGUUGCAGCUCUACAGAUAAAAACAAAGGAUGGCAACUGGAUUGGCGUUGAGCCCUCUGGUUCUAUGUUCGUUGUCAUGGCUGGCGAUGCAUUCUUGGCAUGGAGCAAUGGAAGAAUACACUCUCCUAUCCAUCGUGUGAUUAUGGAAGCAGCUAAAAAGGAACGAUACAGCCUUGCUUUGUUUUCCUUUAGUGGUGAGACAAUAGUAACGCCAGAGGAGCUAGUUGAUGAGGCUCAUCCAUUGCUGUUUAAGCCCUUUGAUAACAUGGACUUACUUCGACUCUAUUCCCUUGAUGAUGUUCAGAAAUAUGUCAAGUUUUUUUCCCAGGCCAAAUGCGGAGCAUGACCCAACUUUUUUUUAUGUAUACAAGUUCUUUUCUUCAAGGAAAGGCUUUGACCACAUUUAAUCUCAAAAAAAUCGUAUUUAAUUGUUAAUUGUUCAUUAGUCAACCAUCUUAAUUAAAUUUAUGGAUUCAAUGUAUUAUUCAUAACAUGGGUAUGAUUAGGAUGAGAUAUCUUUCCAACUCAAAUAUAUUAAC